AUGACAUAUUCAUCUGUAUUCACCACUACGACGACCACCGUUACGGCCACCACUACAACGGUUGUAGGGAACAUAUCAUCUGUCGAAACUUGGGACAUUUUAAUUAACACCUUGAAUUUAAAUAUACUAAAACUUAUCAGUUUAAUACAAAAAAUACCAGGAGGUAACAUUAUCGUUAGAUAUAUCAAAUCUUCCUAUCAGAAUGAUCCAGUAAGAAGUAUAUUUGAGUAUGCAUUAUUUCUUUUUGCCCUAAGUUACUUUUUCAGUGCGAAGAGGAAAGAGAAUAAAUCAGAAAUCGUGAGAUUUUCAAAAAAUGAAAUAACGGAAUUAUGUGAAGAGUGGAACCCAGAACCAUUAAUUGCUGAGGUGGAUGCAUUGGAAGUGUGGCAGUUAAAAUCAAUUCCUGAGAUUAAAGGUCAGAAUGGAAGUCAUAUCAAAUUGAAUGGUUUUGGAGACGAAACAAUAGUAAAUUUGGCAUCGCAAGAUUUCCUUGAUUUAAAUGAAAAUACAGAUAUUAAAGAAGCUGCCAAGACAGAAAUCAAAUUAGCAGGGGUAGGGGCUUGUGGUCCUCCAAACUUUUACGGUACUCAGGAUGUUCAUGUUAGAUUAGAAGAAGAUUUAGCUAAAUACUUAGGAACUGAACAAGCUAUAAUAUAUGGCCAAGAUUUUGUUACUGCUGGUUCUGUAAUUCCAGCAUUUUUGAAAAGAGGUGAUUUAUGUGUUGUUGAUAGAAACAUUAAUCUUGCUUUGCAAAAGGCUUUGAUAAUUUCAAGAGCUGAUAUUGAGUGGUUUGAUCAUAAUGAUAUGGACCACCUAGAACAAAUUUUGACUCAAUUAAAACCAGUUUUGGCUAAGCAGAAACCAAUAAGAAGAAGAUUCAUUGUUACUGAAGGCUUAUUUGCAAACACUGGUGAUAUUGCGAACCUACCAGAUAUAGUUGAAUUGAAAAACAAAUUCAAGUAUAGGUUGUUUCUCGACGAAUCAUUGUCAAUCGCAGUAGUUGGACCAAAAGGUAAGGGUUUGUGUGAUCAUUUCAAUAUUGACCCACUUGAAGUUUCUAUAACUAUAGGGUCUAUGGCUAAUUCACUUGCAUCAUCUGGUGGGUUCUGUGUUGGUGUCGAGCCAAUGAUUCAUCAUCAAAGAAUUUCGUCAAAUGCUUAUGUUUUCAGUGCUUCAUUACCUCCGUACUCAGCAAAAGUUGCAUCACGGGCUAUUCGUAUAAUUCAGAAUACUGAUUCUUCUGAUGGAAAGUCUGUCAUUGUUUCAAAAUUGCAUAAAUUGACUGACUUUGCUUACAAAUCAAUUUCUUCAGCGUUAGUUGACUCGUCGAUGAGUAUAACAUCAUCUCCACAUUCCCCAAUAAUACAUUUAGCACUCAAUGAAGCAUAUAGAUCAAGACUCAACUUACCGCUUCUAUAUGGUAAUUCAACAUUUGUUACCACUGGAAAACCAUCGAAACAUUUGAACUCGUUUGAUGACUUUUUGAAUGUUGAAAGCUUUAUGUUACAAAAAAUUAUUGAUUAUGUUUUGGUAAACUCUAAAAUCUUGAUUACCAGAAGCAAGUUGAUAUUAGAACAUGAAAACUUACCAUUGAUUCCACCUCAUUUAUUGAUCAACAUAAAUUGUGGAGUAUCAGAGGAAGAGAUUUCCAGGUUGGUCGAGGUUUUACCGAAAGCAAUCGAAGAAGUUACCAGAAAUAUUAAUAAUGAAGAUGAAUUUUUCGCAUUAACUGACGAAAUAAUUAAUUAUUAA